GCAAGUCCUUCGAAAAGACCGCGAACCGGAUCAGAGUCUCCAAGAGAUGGGACGACUCAGGAUGGAACGCCAAAUGAAGCUCCAUCCCGAAGUCUGGUCCAUGAGCCACUUGAUUAUCCUCGAAAGCGAGCCAUUAUUGCUUGCGAAAUCUGCCGAAGUCGCAAAUCACGAUGCGAUGGCGGAAAGCUAUANNGCAAGAUGUAAAUUGUGUGUUGAACUCGACGCACGAUGUGUGUAUCGAGAACCUGGUAUCAAACUAGAUGCAGGCGACAAACUCAUUCUGGAAAGAUUGUCUCAUAUUGAGGAUAUGUUGCAGUCUGCCAUGACCAGCGCACACGCGAGCGUCAACGCUACGAAGGCAGCAGCUCACACAGGCACCUCCCCCUGCCGCAAGCNNACUAGCACUAUAGAUGAUACUGCCGCAAGACGUAUCAGCUGUAGUGUUGCUCUGGAAAACAAUAGACUGAACGGACUCGGAACUUGGGACAGUAGUGUGAACAUCUCGACUAUGCCCAAAGGACAUACCACACCUGCCCUGAACCUCUUACAAUGGCCGCUGAUCCGCGACCUGGUUUCGCAGCCUUUAGAUCCGCAGGUUUUAGUAGAAAUGGAGAUGUCCCGACCUCCUAUCAAUCUCCCACACUUUCCUCGGCCGGACAUGGCGAACACAGCAGUCUUUGCGAGCUCAUAUUUCGAUCUGGUAAAUGUCUGGUAUGCAUGCGUGAAUCCUAAUGCAUGGCCUAAUCAUUAUCGUGAGGCCACAUCAGUUGGCUUUAUCCAAGGAGCAGACAGCUGUCUGGUAAUGUUGGUCCUUGCUUUAGGAGCGGCAGCUCAUGGUGGAAGCAUCUCGCGACAUCCUCACAACGCGGAACCCCGUGGUAUAGAUUACUUCGCUUCAGCCUGGAAGAUUAUACCGAAUCUGGCGAUAAGGAACGAUAUACCGGCCAUCCAAUGCCACAUACUAGCCGCAGCAUACCUGUUCUAUCUUGUCCGGCCACUGGAGGCAUGGAACAUGAUUACUAUUGCUUCCACAAAAUUACAGCUGGUGCUUGGUGUUCCUGACAGGGUACCUGCUAUGCAAAGAGAGCUUCUUGUAAGGCUGUUCUGGGACACCCUCCUGGCCGAGUCAGACUUGCUUGCAGAACUGGAGCUUCCUCACUCUGGCAUUGUAAAUUUUGAGGACAUGGUGGGUUUGCCAGGUCCUUUCUCCGAUGUGGAAGGCGAGUACACAAGCAAGGAUGAAUUAUGGUACUUCCUCGCAGAAAUUGCGCUACGCAGACUUCUCAACAGAGUUAGCCAUCUUCUCUAUGUCAAGACGCCGACCACAGUUCCUACUUCAAAGCUGGCGCGAGUCACUGCAGAGCUGGACUUCCAACUGUCACAAUGGUAUGAGGGCCUGCCAUCACCAAUCAAGUUUCCGAUGACGACGAUUUCUUCGGGUUCGCCUGGCCAGGUCUGUCUGAGAUUGCGAUAUUUUGCAUGUCGAACCAUCAUCUUCCGACCUUAUGUCUUUGCCGUGCUUUCGGAUGAGAAUGCUGUCGCAGACCCGGUCGUGAAGGAAAACUGCCGGAAAUGCCUUGAAGCAUGUUUGAGACAGAUCGAUCAUGUUUCCGCACAGUCAGUAUCUCCAGUGUAC